UUAAACCUAACUUCAAAUGUCAAAAAUAUUCGUGAAUUGCUAUUUAUUUACAAACUAAUUACAUAAUAACAAACAUGUCGAAUUUAAAAUUAUUAAAUAUUUUAAGAUCAUCAUCUUCUUGUCUACGAAUGAGAAAUGAUCAAUUUUAUCGAAAUUGUUUACGACAAAUUGUCACAACAAGCGUGAAUUGUACUGAUGACAGAAUAAUUGAUCGUGACGAUGAUCCAUCAAUUAUAAUUCCUCCUUAUAUACCACGUUCUGAUGAGCCUUUGGCAACAAAAAAGGCUAGAUUGCUGUAUCAAUCACGUAAAAGAGGAAUGUUGGAAAAUGGAUUACUGUUGAGUACUUUUGCUGACAAGUACCUAAAAUCAAUGACCGAAGACCAGGUUAUUGUUUACGAUAAAUUGAUUAAUCAACCAUCGAACGAUUGGGAAAUAUAUUAUUGGGCGACUGAUGCAAAAGAGACACCAAAAGAAUUUGAAAGUGAAAUAAUGAAUUUAUUAAAAGAGCAUGUGAAAAGUUUUGCACAAAUUUCCCCUAAAAGACAACCAGAUCUUUCUUAGAAAACCAACAAAUAAUCUGUAUAGAAAAAACAGAUAAUCU